AUGGGCUUGUCGCGGUACAUCGAAUGUUUGGUUCUUAUUUGCCUCGGAUGGGCUCCUUUCCUUGCUGUGGUGACCUACAAGCUGGACCCAAUGACAGAUCUUCACGCCUGCAGCAAGCCAUGCUACAACAUUCAAUAUUUUACGACCGAAGCAAUGGCUCAAACCAUUGCAAACUUACAACUCAACUCAAGUUUUCUGUCGAGGUCUCCAGCCCUUAUAUCUGUUGAGAAUGGUGGCAACUUCUCGGCUCUACAUCCCCAAGGCACUUGGUGGGGGCUCAUGCAAACCUAUCCGCCUAUCCUCGAUUCGAUUUGGUCAGCAUCUGAUAACAAAGAGUUUCCCAACCCGGCGCACGUCAACGAGCUUGUGUGCGAAACAGACAACGUCCGGAAGCAGAUUGAGGAUAAUCGGGACAAGGGCCGUGCCAUUACUGUCUACCUUUUUGUCCUCGUCAUGUGGACUCUGAUGAAACUUGCCCAUGACUGGGCUUUGCUGGCAGAUGUAGCAGAACACUUUACACUAGUGAUCGGGGUGCUUUCAUGGGCUUUUCAGUUGCUGACAUCCUUUGCAGCCUUAUACUGGGCAGCUGCUGUGACCCACGUCUUUGUCUCCAGGGUGCCUGAAGGUAAUGGUGCUUGCUAUUACCAACUGCAGCCUUUCGCAACUUUGACGGCCUUGGGUGCGGCGCUUUUGCUGCUAUACUUUAGUCAUGUGAAGAUGAACAACUUGGUCCUAUCCCUUGUGAACUACUAUUGCAAAAUAUUAAACGUGCCAUACGGGGCAGUUGAGGGCAUAGCUGCGUCGCAGCCUUUGCUGACCAAAGGAUUGCAUGGAGAUUCCGAUGUUCUACCUGCACCUGCGCCACAUCAGCAGCUUGAAUUUCGAAACCGGAAGCGGCUGUGCAUUUUCGCCAGAAGUCUUUAUUGGUUUUGUUUGUUGUCGUAUGGGCGGCUAACUGUUCCGUUCGACUUCUUUGGGAACCUCUUCCUGCGAGUGACAGAACUGGCUGUCAGCCAAGCUUGGUCUUUGGCCCCCGUGGUGUUCCUCAAACUUGCCACUCUGCUGGCAGCUGCUGCGACUCCGGUCAUUGGUGGCGCUUUGGCAGCUUCUGUGCUCGUUACUGUGGUACAGGAGGCUCUUUCAGACUGGCGCAGUCUUCGGGCCAUUGACAAGCUCACAGUAUCUGCUCAACUUCUCCUGUCUACUGCAUUGCUUCUGUUGGCGUUGAGCACGUGUUCAGUGGACAUUGCCCAGCUGUAUCCUGAGCAGGACCGGGACAUUUUGGAGCCAGAUCUCAAUAACAGCAACCUCAGCAAUGGAACCUGGAGUUUGGCAGUGGAGAUGAUGGACAAAGCCGAGAACAUGUCCGCAAGGGCAAAUAUGACGGAGUGGAACGGUUCUUUGCUGAACAUGGAGACUGAAGAAAGUGGAGAAAGUGGAGAAAGUGGAGAAAGUGGAGAAAGUGGAGAAAGUGGCAAUGACACGAUGAAUGAGAUUGACAAUGAAUCAUAUGAAUCCUCAAUGCAUGGCCAUGGCGCCGAUGCCGGAACGGGCAACAUGGGCUUUGGAGCACUUGGAUCAGUAUGACAACGAGUCUGUCAAUGACUCUGAGAACGACCCUGCCAAGUGUCACCGGCAAGUUUUCAUUCCAAAGGCAAAGAACAUCUUCAAACUGAUUGUUCCAGCCAUAGAAUGAGUCCUGUUAUAGCAUGUCAUGAUAUGGCAUUUCUGUUACUCAUGUUUCUUGAUGAUAGAGUCUUUUCCAUGUCCUUCUGAGUGUAGUGAACAGCUUUGCUGGUCCUUGGUGCUGAUUGUCUGAUUGUAGAAUGUCAUUCCGAGAGGCUAAGUCGGCUAAGUUCACCCAUUCGAAGUGAGAAGUGGGGUCUGGCAAGUAGUGGCUGCAGUAGGGUGUUCGAAUCUCGGAGUGUGGGUGAGGGACAGGGGUGGCGUGGGACUGUCCGAUUCCUUGUCCUGUGCUGUGGAGGCAGUCUUUCUGGUUGUUGUUUGUGUGUUUGUUCCACGGAAAUUUCUUUGGAACUAAGGCUGGCUUUACUUUCCUUCCUUCCCAGGUGUGAUGUCUAUUAGACUAUAAUUCAUGACGCCUCU